CGAGAGUAUCUACCAUGAAGAACAUUCAACUAAUCGCCUUACUCGUCGUUGCGAUCGCGAUUGUUACUGCCGUCCCCCUGGAGAACAAGAGAGUGAAGAGACAAUGGGGAUCACCAUAUAUGGGCUAUAUGGGUGGUUACCAUGCCCCUUACGGGGGUUUCGGAGGUUACGGAGGCUAUGGAGGCUAUGGUUAUCCUGGUUACGGUAGCUACGGAGGCUAUGGCUACAGACCCUGGAGGCCUUGGUGGCGAAGAAGACCUUAUUCGGUGCAUAAAACUGUCAUCAUCCACCACUACAACAGUCCAUGGCGAUCAUGA